CGGCAGAAACCAUACAAAUGCCUGCUGUGUGGAAAAGCCUUCAGUCGCAGUGGGAAUCUUACUUCCCAUCAAAGAAUUCAUACAGGGCAGAAACCAUAUCAAUGCCAGGAGUGUGGAAAAGCCUUCAAUCAGCGAGCACAUCUUACUUCCCAUCAAAGAAUUCACACAGGGGAGAAACCAUACAAAUGCCUUGAGUGUGGAAAAGGCUUCAGUAAGAGUGGACACCUCACUUCCCACCGAAGAAUACACACAGGAGAGAAACCAUACAAAUGCCUUGAGUGUGGAAAAGCCUUCAGUCAGAGUGGAAAGCUUACUUCCCAUCAAAGAAUUCAUACAGGGGAGAAACCAUACAAAUGCCAGGAGUGUGGAAAAGCCUUCAGUCAGAGAGUACAUCUUACUUCACAUCAGAGAAGUCACACAGGGGAGAAACCAUACAAAUGCCUCAAGUGUGGAAAGGCCUUCAGUGACAGGAAAAGUCUUACUUCACAUGAUAGAAUUCACACAGGGGAGAAACCAUACAAAUGCCUGGAGUGUGGAAAAGCCUUCAGUCGCAGUGAGAAUCUUACAUCCCAUCAAAGAAUUCACACAGGAGAGAAACCUUACACAUGCCUGGAGUGUGGAAAAGCCUUCAGUCGCAGUGGGUAUCUUACUUCCCAUCAAAGAAUUCAUACAGGGCAGAAACCAUAUCAAUGCCAGGAGUGUGGAAAAGCCUUCAGGUACCGUGGAAAUCUUACUUCCCAUCAAAGAAAUCACACAGGGCAGAAACCAUAUCAAUGCCAGGAGUGUGGAAAAGGCUUCAGUAACAGUGGAAGUCUAAUUUCACAUCGAAGAAUUCACACAGGGGAGAAACCAUACAAAUGCCUUGAGUGUGGAAAAGCCUUCAGUCACAGUGGAAGCCUUACUUCCCAUCAGAGACUUCACACAGGGGAGAAACCAUACAAGUGCCUCGAGUGUGGAAAAGCCUUCAGUCACAGUGGAAAUCUUACUUCUCAUCAAAUCAUUCAUCCCAGCCACAAACUAUAGAAAUUCCAGGAGUGUGGAGUAAUCUUCAGACACAGUACCCUCACCUUCCAUUAAAGAAUUCACAGAAGGGGAAAAUGGUAUCAUUGCGUGGUGUGUGGAAAAAAUUUCAGUGAGAGUUGACACUAUAUUUCUCUUUAAAUAAUUCACACGGGAGGAAUCAUAUCAAUGGAUAUACAUCAAAUGAGUGUGAUAUAUAAUAAUGGCAAUAUCAGGAAAUAGUCACACUCAAGCUGAGUCAAUAUUAUUCAUAUAUUAACAUAUGUUAAAUCAUGAACUUCCCAAAUUAUACUCCACACAUAUAUUUCAUUAUAUAUUAUUUUCAUUAUAUAUUAUAGAAAUGUUCAUUCACAUUUAAAUACAUCCAAUAAUCCUUGCAUUAGAAUUCUUAUAGUAUUCUAUACAAAUUAUAUAAAUGUUCAUUCACAUUCAUAUAUAUCUUCUAGUCCUUGCACUAAAAUUCUUGCAGUAUUCAAUAUGCAAUCGUCCAUUUUUUAUGGUAACAAACCAUGUAGAAAUCCCCCAAAUUCACUUUAUUUUCACUCUCGCACUGAACUGUGCCGGUGGGAUUUCCAACUGUCAGGAACGUAUUCAAUGUCCAAAAAGCAUCGUGCGUAUAUUACGCUUUCGAAAUAUCUUCCUCAGUAGAAAUUCAUUAAAUUUUACUUAUUCAUUCAAUUGAUGGGUAAUCUGUGGUAUUAAACAGCUUCAUCAAUAUACUUACGUUUAAAUCUCCAUACAACCUCACUAGCAUAAUUACUAUACUUUUUUACAACAUGAUUUCCCAUUCUGGCUUGCUUCUUUUUCCUAAGCUCCUCAAACAGCUAAUAGUAUAUUUAAAAGUAUAGUGUGCUACACCUGUAUCCUGAGAGUGAUGUCUGCAAGCAAUUAAUCACUAUCUAACUAAUAUAUGGUACUUAUAGAUGAUCUGUAAAAUCUAGCAUUCUAUUGAGACCUAAUGUAUGUAUGAAACUUGUGAAUAAAUUUGUUUUCUAAUUGCAACAA